AUGGUUAACCGCGGACGCUCCGGAGGCUGCGUGACAUGCAAGCAGCGCCGCGUUAAAUGUGACGAGGCAAAGCCCGAGUGCCAAGCGUGCCAACGCCUUAAGCUUCGCUGCGGAGGCUACAACAGGCACCAGAAUACCAAACUAAAGUUCAAAGAUCAGAACCACAAGUUUUGCACCAAUACCAAACAAGAUGUCGUUAAGGUUGCAACAAGUAGUCCGGGCCGGUCGCCUGAGUCUAAUGUCCAGGACCGGGAGGUUGUGAGGGCUUUGACUUUGCGGCGGCUCUCUGAGCCCGACACCGCCGUGCAGUUCUAUCUCGGCCAUUACGCCAGCAUGGGUCGCGAUAUGGGGUCCACGCGCGGAUUCUUCGAAAUGCUCAUUCCAGCAUAUUUCUCGGAGCGGGAAGAUUCGGCCCUCUCACUCGCCGUGUCAGCGUUGGCUUCAGAGACCUUGUCCAUGUGGCGACAAGAUGCCACGAGCUUCCGAUCACCACGGAAGUCUUAUUCCCGGGCACUCACACGCCUUCAGACCGCAAUACAGGAUCCUAUAGAACGUGGCAAGCCGGCAACGGUGUUGGCCGUGCUGGCGCUGCAGACUUACGAGAAUGCCUCGGCGGUAUAUGGUCUUCGCCGUGUCUCAAGCACGCACCACAAUGGUGCAGCAUCUUUGCUCUCGUUUAUGGGCUCGGACGAUAUGGGCGGGGUGGUGCGCGCCUACUUACGAAGGUUUAUGCUACAUACCGAGGUUUCGACCGCGAUACGUCAGAAAAAGCCACUGAAGAGGAUCGCAUACUCAUGGAUUAGGAGCAAGGAAACGAUGGCUGUGCCAGAAAACCCCAGCGCAGCACUCGAUGCCAUAGGGGCGUCCGUUGCCGAGUUGCAGGCCAGCUACACGGAGUUUUUGACACAAGGUGGCUCCGCAACGUCGUUGAAGUGCGUUCCGAAGGAGUGGAUGGCCGCUGCCAAGAGAGUUGAUGCAGAGCUUCUAGCGUGGGCGGAAAAUGUACCGGAUCACUGGAGACCGGUAAGGCUGAUAAGUGGUCGGGAUAUCGAUUUGUCCAUACCCACCUACCAAUCUAUCUGUGAGGUGUAUCCUUCCUGCCAAAUUGCCAGCAUCUGGAAUCUAUGGCGCUUUCAACGCCUCCUGCUGGCCAAGAUCACACUCGGCUCCCUCAAUGCAUUCUCCGAUCUGAGCCGCUUUGGCCUUGCAUACGGGCAGUUUGUCGGUGACCCCACAGAUUUCGUCAACUGCCAACAAACACUCCAAGAAGUGGUCGACAGCGUGUGCCACAGCAUACCCUUCCACCUCGGCAACCGAAUCAGCCGGUCCAGUCUCGCCGAUUUCACUGACCCGACGGUUUUGCUUCCCAGCUAUAAUGCAUUGGUAGACGGCACACCACUAGACAGGGAGGUUUUCGAUGGCAUAUCGAGAGAUGACCACAGGCGCCACGUCAUUGCGCAGGGGCCGUGGCGCGCCAUGCACCCCCUGAGCCGCUUGUUGGCGCUCUUCUCGGAAGAUCACGGCGAGGUGAUAGCGAGUCUUCUCAGACCUGGACAGCGGGAGUGGAUCUGCAACCAGUUCCUGCGUGUCGCCACGUUGCUGCAUCUUCCGUUGGAAUCGGGCAAUGGCAUGGAGAGCUCAGAAUCGCCGGGAGGGUCUGCGGAUGCCAAGGCUGAGUAUCUGGCCAGGGAGAUUAGGAAGGGGGCAAUUCUUAUGAGCGGGCCGUGA